CGCUAUGACACAUUUUGAAAAUUCGUCUUGAUUUAAUUUUUAGAGAUACAUUUAUUUAUGUUUUUACGAAAAUUCAGGUUAAGUUCUGUACUUUCAGAUGUCGAUUCCAAAAUACACUCUCUUUCUUCUAAAACAUCCGAACUUGGCUUGAAUUUAUUUUUAAACAAAUUAAAGGAAGAUCAUAACCUAUUUUCACCAAAUGAGACCGUUUUGGCCUGUAAUUACCUUGAUAAAAUCUUGAAUGAAGUUAAUAAAUCCAGUUUCUCACACAGUGAACUAUCGCAAAUUAAAAAAUCUCUGAUAAAUAUCUUCCGUUCCAAGUUAUACUUACUUUCCGACCCAAACCAACUAUGUACAGCAACAAUUUUAAUUUCUAAUGGCGGAAUAUUGACGGAAUCCUACGUUGGAGAUUUUCUGACUAGGCUUGACAGGCUGUUAUGUUCCAUUAAUUUCGAGGACAUUCCAGUCAUUUCUGACUGUUUUAUUACCCUUUACGAUAGAGGAUAUAAAAUUGACAACACAUGUAUAAAAUUCUACAACGUUUUAGCUUCAGAUAACACUCUAGAGAGCAUUGACAACUCCUUCUUACUGAAAGUUUUUGAAUGUUACGCUAGUUUAAACAUUUAUAAUAAAUUAUUAGAGAAUAAAUUAGUUUCUGAAAUUAAAGAUCGCGUGAAUGAGAACAAAGUCCCAGGAGCCCAAAUUGUUAACUUUAUUAAAUCAAACAGCCCUGAUAAGUCUAAGUUAAACUUUUUAAACCAAUUCCUCUUAUCCAAACUACUAAAUGACAAUGACAUUGAUUUGAGUACUCUAGUAACAGUCUUAAAUAAUUGUAAACGUUUGAAUAGAGAUUUUGAAAAAGUCGACCAAAUCUACCUCUCAUAUAGAGACGAAUUGAGUUUAUCUAAUGAAAAGAGUAGCUUGCAGUUGAAACUGGACCUAUUAAACAGUUUUGCUAGAUUUAGAUAUAAACCUCAAUACGUGAAUGAUUUACUGGAUGAUAUUUCCAACCGUGCCCAGGAACUGAGUUUUGAAAACCUUAUUAUCCUCUUCAAGAACAUUUUCGACUUAAAUUUACCCAACGACUUGAUAAUAGAGUCCUUUAAAACAACCUUAAACAACCUUAAAAAUUUGGAAUAUAACAAUGUUUUCACCAAACUACUUUUGGCAAUGUCAUACUUUUCUAUUAAUGAACACAAUCUCUUUAACAAUAUACUCUAUGAGAUAAUACGCAAUGAACAUAAGCUGACUGACCAGGACAAAAUCAACCUCCAGAGAUUUUACUCAAUUUUAAAGUCUGACUACUCUGGCGAUAACCUUAUAAGUGUAAUAAAUGAAGACAUUGUGAAGUAUCUGCACAACAACGCGAAUAAUUGUUACCAAGUCCCUAGUAGCAGGGACCUUGAUUACAUUUCAAACUUGAUUACUCACCUAUCCCAUGGAAUAUACGAACAGGCUAACAUUGCGGGAUAUUACCUCAAUCUUAUUAUCCCCAAGCACAUGAAAAGCAGAGUAAAAUCUGGUCAUUUUAACACUCAAGAAGGUAUCGGUAUAAUUAUCACUCAAUUUUACAAAUCACCUACCGGUUUGGAAUCUGUUGAGGAGACUAGUGAGCAUAUAUUAAUGAGAGCCAUAUUAAAAAAGUUAAAUAUCAAUUUUGUUGAGAUUUCCAUGCACACCCUUGAGGGUCUGAACCGAAGUCAACGCCUCGAGUACCUGGGAGGGCUAAUAUCCAAGGCAUCUGAAUCUUAUUUAUGUAAUCAUUUCAAUUAAUUUUUUAAUUCAGUAAUGUAGUC